CAUAAAUUACUUGAUUGAAGUUAAGAUCACACGCUUAUAAUUAGAAUCUGUUCUCGGACACACCCGCAUUCAUAUGUUUAUUGUUAUUUCUCGCCAAAAGACCUAACAACAUUUUAAAUUCAAUAUUUUCCACAAGCGUUUUCCAUCUUCAAUAAAAGAAACACUCCUCUAAGCUUUACCCUAGCACAGUACAAAGUAAAUUAGUCAACAUAGCAUGUACCCAAUAGGCUGCAAUGGAUCUCUCCACACUUGAUUAUAACCAUUUUUCAGAAACAGUUGAGUUUGGCAACGGCUUUUAAGCCUUUUCCCUCCAGAUUUAUUAUGCUCUCUAUAUGUCAUCACUCCCGCCUUCUCAAACUCAGCCACAUUCUCUUCCUAACCCUAACCAAAUCACUCUCUACCUUGAACCCAAAUGUAUCUCCACUACUCCCAACUUCCCAAACACUCCCUUACCUAAAACCCCUCAAUUUCAAGAUCUCAAACUACAUGAGAAAUGGCCUUGUCAAGGAAGCCCAGAACCUGUUUGACGAAAUGCCUCAACGAAACACGGUCACUUGGAACGCCAUGAUCCGUGGGUAUUUCCAAAAUGGACAAUCUCGGAAUGCUUUUAAUUUGUUUAAUCUAACGCCGGAACGUGAUAUUUAUAGUUAUAAUAUAGUGGUUUCAGGGUUGGUGCAAUGUGGUGAUCUGGAUGGUGCUAGGGAGGUUUUUGAUGGGAUGUUGUUGCGAGAUAAUGUCUCUUGGAAUUCGAUUCUUGCUGGGUAUGUUCAUGACGGGUUAGUUGACGAAGCGGUGAGAAUUUUUAAUGGGAUCCCGAUGGAGAUGAGGAAUGUGAUUUCUUGGAACUUGGUGAUAGGGGCAUUGUUGAAUAGCCGACAAGCUGAUUUGGCUAAGGAGUAUUUCAGAGGAAUGAAUGCUAGAGAUUCUGUUUCUUGGAUGAUAAUGGUUUCUGGGUUUGCUAGAGUGGGUCGGAUUACUGAAGCUCGUGAGUUUUUCGAAGAGAUUCCGGUAAAAGAUGAUCGUGUUUGGAAUGCUAUGAUGAUUGGAUAUAUCCAAAACCAGCAAGUUGAGAUGGCAGAAGAUUUGUUUCAAAGAAUGCCAAACCGGGAUUUGAAUUCUUGGAAGUAUUUCAUUAAUGGAUUGGUAAGCUGUGGAAGAGUCGGAGAUGCUGUUCAGUUCUUCAUGGAAAUGCCUCAGAAAUGUAAAAAUACGUGGAACACGGUUUUGUUAGGACUAUUAAGAAUUGGACAUGUUAAAGCAGCUCAUUUAUUACUUGAGAAACUGCCGUAUCAUGACGUUGUGUCAUGGACAAAUGUCCUUGUCGGAUAUUUUGAAAUUGGUGAGGUUAGCAAUGCUAUUAGGCUUUUUGAACUAAUUCCAGAUACGGAUACAACUGUAUGGAAUGUAGCGAUUUGUGGAUUAGGAGAAAACGAUCAUGGUGAGCAAGGUCUUAGAUACUUUGUUAGAAUGAAAGAUAUAGGUCCAUUGCCUGAUAAAGCUACAAUUACUAGUGUUUUGACAAUCUGUUCAGAUUUGCCUGCUCCAAAUCUUGGUGAACAAAUCCAUGCAGAGGUGAUUAAAAUAGGUUUGGAUAAUAUUACUGCAGUUUCUAAUGCAAUGGUUACCAUGUAUGCGAGGUGUGGAAACAUGCCUUCUGCAUUACUAGAGUUCUCCACUAUGCCAAGUCCUAAUAUCAUCUCGUGGAAUUCUAUAAUCUGUGGAUUUGCUCAUCAUGGGUUUGGCAAACAAGCGAUAGAGAUGUUUGAGCAAAUGAGACUAGCUGAUGUUAAGCCCAACCACAUAACUUUUAUGGGUGUUUUGUCUGCCUGUGGUCAUGCAGGAUUGGUGGACCAAGGCAGAUACUAUUUUGAUUAUAUGAGAAAUAAUUGUCGACUGCAGCCAACAGAUGGGCAUUAUACCUGUCUUAUUGAUCUUUUGGGGAGAUUUGGACUCAUUGAUGAAGCAAUGACGUUUCUACAUCAAAUGAGAGCAGAUGGAAUUGAAGUUCCUGCAAGCGUUUGGGGAGCGUUGCUUGGAGCAUGUAGAAUUCACAAGAACAUUGCAGUGGGUGAGAUAGCUGGUGAGAAAUUGUUGGAGAUAGAGCCCAGUAGAUCUGGUAUAUAUUUAAUUUUGGCAGAAAUGUACUCGAGUAUAGGAAGAAGAGAAGACGCGAAGCGGAUUUCAAAUCGAAUGAAAGACAACGGAGUGAAGAAGCAACCGGGUUGUAGCUGGAUUGAAGUAAACAAUAGUGGGCAUGUGUUUCUUUCAGGAGAUAAUUCACACCGUGAAUCUAAUAGAACUUGUUGUAUGUUGGACUUGCUCCAUAGAGAUAUGGAAGUUAUGACUCCAAAAUCGAAUACCACUUUUGUUGAGCAACAUCAAGGUUCAGAGUCUUCAGAGCAGCAACUUAAAUAGGACUAGCUCAGUAUUUAAUUGCAAUCUAAGGUCAGAUUCGGAGUUAAAACUAGAAAUUAUUAGCCGCCGCCAAUUAGAUUUACCAGAAGAUAUGGCCAUAAGUUUUGAUCACCUCAUGUGGAAACUAUAUUGGUUUACCAGCAGAUAACUUCGGCUCGUUGAAUGCUGGUGACGAUGCACUACUUGCAGAGCCGAGGAGAAGGAACUUUGUUGAAGAAUUAGCAAGGUUUGUCCCCUCUCCUCCAUUUUUAAAUUUAUUUCAUUUUUUGUACAUACAUACAAAGCAUUUUGUAUCAUUCUAUCCAUUCAACAAGAAAUUUACACUGAUUUAAGCGCCAA